CUGGAUUUAAUCAGAGACUACACGACAUUGUCCGAUCGUGUUAGAUGAAAAUCUAGGCUAAAGACAUGCUUCAAUCAAGAACCCCAUUAAAGAUAUGGACUGAUCCAUCAAAUCCUUCACUGAACUCUUAGCUUAUAAAGCAGAGUCUUCCUAAUCUUCAAGUUUCAAUAUCAAUAUUUAUCCAUUUAGACUGUGGAGAUGGUCAAAAGUUUGAUGAUCACUUAUGUUCUUUGGUCAUUGGGUGGACCUUUAGGUCUCCAUCACAUCUACCUUGGGAGAGAUAGCCACGCCUUACUGUGGAUGGUGACAUUUGGUGGAUUUGGGUUUGGGUGGAUUCGGGAAUUUUGGCAAUUGCCAAAAUAUGUGCAAAAUGCAAACUUUCGCCACAAAAAGAUUCAAAGAAAAAGAGAUCAACAACCAUCAGUGAAAAUUAUCCGAACUUUUGGCCAAUUUGUAGUUGGCGUUUAUUUUGGUAUCAUUGCUCUCAUAAGUCUAUCACCAUUAAGUGGUUUCUACAUCAUGGUUUUGCCACUUGCCAUCACACUGGGUGUUCACCUUGUAGCUAAUGUUGGUGAGGAAACCUCCAAUAUAAAGGCAACAAUGAUGGCUUCCUUUGUUACAUCCAUCAUAUUCUAUGGAAGACCCAUUGCAACAAUACCCAUCAGUAUUGUUGCUAGUGUUGUCUCCAUGCAACACCGUCUCUACAAGACUCCAAGCGACACAGGAGACAACUUAAGUGUGCGACUCUACAGACUAGGUUUAGCUUGGCUGGCUUUCACAAUGCCAAUCUCCUACUGUAUGUUCCACAACACCACAGUUACGAUUACAUACAUCACAGACACCAUCAGCUUUAUCCUAGAUUCAGUACGAAUAUUCCCAUUGAUCAGUGGUCUCUUUGAAUCUAUAUUACUUCUUCCAUAUCAUACAUGGAAGUUGUCUACUGGUGGAACUGGAUUAAGCCAUGGAUACAAUCAGGAAUGGGAAAAGUUAUUUGCAUCUAUCUCUGCCAUACAGACUGAAAGAGAAAGAUUAGCAUAUAAGGUGCUGGGACUACAGCAGGAAGCAACUUUGGAAGAAAUUAACAAAAGUUAUAGAGAGUUGGUGAAACGCUGGCACCCUGACCACAACCGACAUAAUUUAAAUGAAGCAGAACAACAAUUCCUUGAGAUACAGGCAGCAUAUGAAGUACUUACAAAAAAGCAGACGAGUGACACACAAGAGCUGUGAAACCACUUAUAAAAUAUCAAGACUACAUGGCUUUGUGGCUGCUUCCAAUUUAUGAUACAGAUUUGUUAAAAUUGUGGCAUUGAACUGGGGCUAAAUUUUCCAAUUAUUUUUCCUUAUUCUCCAUGUUAGCCGGAGUAGGUCAUGCCUCAUGAGUUUAAUAGAGUUUCUUGAGGAAGUGUCAAGAUAAAUUGAUGAAGGUAGUGUGGUGUAUGUGGUAUAUAUGGAUUUUAGUAAGGCGUUUGACAAGGUUCCCCAUGGUAGACUCAUUCAGAAAGUCAUGAGGUAUGGGAUCUAUGGAAAAUUAGCUGUGUGGAUUCGAAAUUGGCUUGCCCACAGAAGCCAGAGGGUGGUUGUAGAAGGGAAGUAUUCAACCUGGAGGUCGGUGACUAGUGGCAUUCUACAGGGAUCUGUCUGGGACCUCUGCUCUUUGUGAUUUUUAUAAAUUAUUUGGAUGAGGAAGUGGAAGGAUGGGUUGGUAAAUUUGCAGAUGACAAGAGGGUUGGUGGUGUAGUAGAUAGUGAAGAAGGUUGUCAUAGGUUGCAAUGGGAUUUGGACAGGAUGCAGAGCUGGGUAGAGAAGUGGCAGAUGGAGUUCAAUCCGGAGAAGUGUGAAGUGAUAUACUUUGGAAGAAUGAAAUUGAAGGCAGAGUGCAUGGUUAAUGGCAGGAUUCUUGGCAGUGUGGAGGAACAGAGAGAUCGUGGGGUCCAAGUGCAUACUGUAGAUCCUUCAAAGUUGCCUCACAAGUGGAUAGGGCAGUUAAGAAGGCGUAUGGUGUGCUGGCCUUCAUUAGAGGGGGAUUGAGUUCAAGAGCUGAGAGGUAAUGUUGCAGCUCUAUAAGAUUCUGGUUAGACCACACUUGGAAUAUUGUGUCCAGUUCUGGUCACCAUAUUAAAGGAAGGACGUGGAAGCUUUGGAGAGGGUGCAGAGGAGAUUUGCAAGGAUGCGACCUGGAUUGGAGAGCAUGUCUUAUGAAGAGAAGUUGAGUGAGUUGGGCUUUUCUCUUUGGAGUGAUGGAGGAUGAGAGGAGACUUGAUAAAGGUAUAUAAGAUUAUGAGAGGCAUAGACAGAGUGGACAGCCAGCAUAUUUUCCCCAGGGUGACAAUGGCCAAUACUAGAGGUAACCCAUUUAAGGUGCGUGGAGGAAAGUUCAGGGGAGAUGUCAGAGGUAGGUCUUUUACAUAUAGAGUGGUGGGUGCCUGGAAUGCACUGCUGGGGGUGGUGGUAGGGGCCGAUACGAUAGGGUCAUUUAAGAGACUAUUAGAUAGGCACAUGAACGAAAGAAAAAUGGUGGGUUAUGGGAAGUGAAGUAGAGAUGGGGAUAGAUUGAAUGGGGAGAAGGUUUAUAUAGUUCGGCACAACAUCGUAGGCCGAAGGGCCCAUACUGUGCUGUACUGUUCUAUUUAUGCUCCAUCUGUAUUACAGCUAACUGGUUCAUCCCGACUCUCAUGUCAAAGAUUACAUUGUACAAGAUAGUCAGAUAAGAAUAUCAUUGCCUGGGUUCCAUAUUUAUAUCUGCCUAGACAUAGUUCAUUCAUCAGCCAAAUCAAGAUGCUUCCUUUUCCUAGCAUGUUUACUCAUCCAAGUAACAUCGGCCUAAAGAAACUUCUAUUUUGGAGCCUGAACCAACUCUGAAAUUAGAAACAUGGAAGAAAAUAGUAGGCCAUUCAGCACUUCGAGCCUGCUCCACCAUUCAAUAUGAUCAUGGCUGAUCAUCCAAAUUCAGUAUCCUGUUUCUGCAUUCUCCCUGCAUCCCUUGAUCUCUUUAGCCAGGAGAACCAUAUCUCACUCCUUCUUGCUGAUAUUUGAUAAUUUGACCUCAACUACCUUCUGUAGUUAAGGAUUCCACCGGUUAACUUGGGUGAAGAAAUUUCUUGUCAUCUCUGUCCUAAAUAGCAUUAAUUAUUCCAGUGAAAACAUUUUUAAAUCUGAGAACUUAAGAUGCUUUUUUUUCUGGUUUACCUGCACUGAAAUUUUUUGUUGUGGAUUGACUAUUUUCAGAUUUUCCAUUUGCAUUUGCAAUGAUGUAAAUGAACAUAUAAAAAUUCAAAGACACUUGUUAUAUAAAUAGGGAAAAAAUGGGCACCAGUAUUUUACGAUCAUACAAUGGAUGGCAAAUAUCGCUAUUAAAAUCUUUGCCAACAGUUUCUGCAAAGUGUGCCUUUUAGGACGUUUGUCCAGAUACUAAAAUCAUGAAAACAUAAGAAAAGAGCAGGUGUAGGUCAAAUGGCCCCUUGAGCCUCUUCACCAUUCAAUACGAUCACGGAUAGCCUCGUAGUUCAAAUUUCUGUCAAUCUCCGUUUUGAUUAUAUUCAAUGACUCCCUCCACAGCUGUCUGAGGUAGAGAACUCCAAAGAAUCAUGACCCUCUGAAAGCAUAAAUUCCCUCUCAUCUCCAUUUUAAAUGAGCUACUCCUUCCUUACUCUGAAACUAUGUCCCCUAUAGAUACCCCCGCAGGGGAAACAUAUACAACCUGUCAAUCCCUCUCAGAGUUGUAUAUGUUUCAAUAAGAUCAGCUCACAUUUUUCCAAACUCCAAUGUAUAAGCCCAGCCCUUUCAUCCCAGGGAUCAACCUAGUGAACCUUGUUCGCACUGCCUCCAUUGUAAGUACAUAUUUCUGUAAAUAUGGAGAUCAAAAGUGUACACAGUACUCCAGGUGCAGUCUCACUGGCAGCUUAUUUUGUAGUACAUACCCCCUACAAUAAAGCUCAACAUUCCAUAAGUCUUUCUAAUUACCUGUUGCACCUACACGUCAACCCUUUGUGUUUAAUGCACAGAACUCCCAGACCCCUUUGUAUUCCUAUUUUAUCGUCACACUCCAUUCUAAUAAAAAUUUGCUUUUUCAUUCUUCCAGCUCACAUUUUCCUAUAUUAUGUUCCAUCUGCCAACUUUUUGCACACUCACUUAACUUGUCUAUAUCUCUUUGCAUGCUCUUUGUUAACCCAUCUAUCUUUGCAUCAUCAGCAAGUCUGUCUACAGUACAGUCAGUCCCUUCAUCUAAGUCAUUAAUAUAGACCAUAAACAGUUGGGGUACAGCACUAAUCCCUGUGGCACUCCACGAGUGACUGACUUUCAAUCCGAAAAUGAUUCACUUAUCCUGACUCUGUUAGUUAGUCAAUCAUCUAUUUAUGCCAAUAUUCCCCCUCACCCACCACCCCUCCCCCAACUCUGUUAGCUCUUGUGCAAUAACCUUUUUAUGUGACACCUUGUUGAGUGCCUUUUGGAAAUCCAAAUACACUUGCGUCUACUAGUUCCUCUUUAUCCACCCCGUUUAUUACAUCCUCAAAGAACACUAAUAAAUCUGUCAAGCAUUAAUUCCCUUUUAUAAAACCACGUUGACUCCACUGGAUUGUCUUCUGAUUUUCUAAAUGCCCUGCUAUUACCUCCUCAAUAAUGGAUUCUAGCAUUUUCCCCAAAGGCAGACGUUAGGCUAACUGGCCAAUAAUUUCCUGCUUUCUGUCUCCUCUUUUCUUGAAUAGCAGUGUUAAAUCUGUUGUUUUCCAAUCCUCUGGAACCUCUCCAGAAUCAAGGGCAUUUUGGUAGAUUACAACCACUGCAUCCACUAUCUCUAGAACCUUCCUGACAACUUAAAGUGUUGUGUGUUGAUAAUUUCUCAAGUUAUUAGCAAAUUAUGCACCUUGAUUUUUGUCAAUGCCUUUCCAAUAUCUACUUCCUCACCAAUGGCCUGAAACAUACUGUCAAAUCUGAAAUCCUUGCCUAUAAUCCUAAAUUUGAACUUUCUAAUCAGGUAUCAGUCCCUAUCAAAUCAUUUAGACUCUAACCAAUGUCUCAAAUUAAACUCUAUAUGACCAUUAGUGUGGUAAGCUAUGUUUCAUAUUUCUUGAUCUGUCUGCAAUCUAUGAUACAGUUCAUUACUUCAUAUUCCUCCAAUAGCUAUUAUCCAUCUUCCAGCUGAGUCAAAUUGGUUCCACUGUUAUCUAUGCAGCUAUAAUAACAGAAUUUCCUGCAAUACCUUCUAUUUCCACUUCCAGAUGUAACCUCAGUUAUCCCCCCAACCAUUUACUCUUAGUCUUUUCUGUUUUUUACCUACAUGCUGUCUUGUGACAAUAUAACCUGAAAACAGAUAGUAGGUAGACAUGUUUACUGAGAGCACACAACUUAACCUCCAACCGCUUAUCUCAAGCCCUCCACUGUCUGUGUGUUGUCAGACUGCUGUUCAUCAUUAAGUCCUGAUGAUCAAAAUUUCUUCACACACUGGAAAGACUGGACUCAUUGUCUUCUGUCAUAUUUCAUAGGAAAAUAUACCACUGUAUAUGUUUUGUUUAUACACAGCAAUAGAAAUAUGGUGAAUGCAAAUUACUAAUACUGAAAAAUACAAAUAUUUUAUCAUAAAUGAUUAGUAAUUUGAUGCUCAAACUGAACCCCAUGGACCUCAGAUUAAAAUCAUGCAUUACCAUGGUGUUAAUUAAAGGUUAAUGGAUGGACUGGAACUAUUAUCUUGGACAUUUCAACAGAUUUUCUUGGAGCAUUGUAUGUUUAGAUCGGGGUCCAAAAAUUCAGUGUCAUGUAUGAAUGAACUGAAUGAGAAUUUAAAAAAUUGCAUAUGCUGAAAAUCUGCAAUAAAAACAGAAAAUGCUGGAAACACUCAGCAUGUCAAACAGCAACAGUGGAAAGAGAAAUAGAGUCAACAGUUGAGGCUGAAGACUCUUCCACAGAUGCUAUCUGACCUGUUGAGUGUUUCCAACAACCUCUGGUUUUAUUCAUGAAGAGAAGCAAUUUAUUUGUUAGCAUUCUUUACUCAUGUGUAUCUGGAGGUGACAAUAUUGUUUCAUAACUUAAUUUUGCUUAGUCUGUUUGCUUGCUAUGUCAUAUUAGUCUUGAAAGAAAAUUACAGUUUACACUGGUAAUUAUUAUACAAUUCCAAAUGACUAUGCUUUCUCUUUCCAUCUACAUCAAUUACCAUGUUUGCAUCAGAAUAGUGUCUGCUCAGUGUCAUACAUAUUUCUAAGCUAGAAUGAUUCUGUUCAUGAGUACCUGAUUUUGUAAGGCAAUGAAGUUUUUUGUUGGUCAUGUUCCAAACUGCACUUGUAUCAUGGAUUGAUUGUUCUCUAGAUU